AUGUAUUUGCUGGUCAGAGAGGAGAGCUUUCAAGUGAAAUAUUCAGACCUGCUAGAUAUUUUUGAUAUUAAUACAAUCCAGCGCAUACUCUUCGAAGCAACUCAAAGUUCAAUAUAUUUUAUAGGAGAAAGUAUAAUCAAAUUUUUCGUUCGCUGCAGUUAUAAACACCAGCCCGAAGUCGAUGAAAAAGGCAGGCCACUGUUUAAUCAAACCACUCCUUUGCAUCAUGCAGCUGAGUUAUGGUAUAAUUGGAAAUACAACGUGAUACACGAGCUUUUUAAAAUAUACGACCGGGUCGAUGUGAACUACACCGACCCGUAUGGAGUGAAACUUUUCCACAUAGCCUGCCUCUGCGGCUGUUACAACAUUGUCAAGAAAUUUCUUGAGCUCGGACAAGAUCCCGACGACAUCGUGCCGAAACAAGAUGAUUCCAAAUUUCUGUUUGGAAGUACCAAUUACCUUAAGAGUCUGAAAGGUAAAUCUCCAUUGCUUAUAGCUUUAGAACAAAAGCAUAAGCAUGUGGUCGAAUUACUGCUGAGAAAAGGCGCCGAUCCAAAUUACGCGUGCGAAAAAGAUUUGACUCCCUUACACAUAGUUUGUGAUGUAUUCGGCCACGAUGAAGGUUAUAUUUUUGCAAAAAUAUUUUUUGAAGUACAUGAAACUCAAAGAUCGGUGCAAGUCGACGCCCAAGACUAUUUGAAACGAAGUCCCCUCCAUUACUUGGUAUCACAUGGUUCGAAGAAAUCUACCAUGCAAUUGAUGGUAAGAAAUGGCGCUAAUCCAAAUGUAAUGGAAAAGGAUGGAUCGACACCACUGCACAUUCUUUGUAUGAGAGAUGCAAUCGACGAGUUAGUCGAGACGUUCUUUAAGAUUUGUGAUGAAGAAAAUAGGAAGAUAUUAGUCAACGUUCAAGACCAUUUGGGUCGUACACCUCUACACUAUUCUCUAGUAGACGGCUGUAAAAAAACAAUUGUAAAAACGCUGUUGAGAAGAGGCGCGGAUCCGAACUUGGCCGGUGCUGAUGCCAUGACUCCUGUGCACAUUCUUUGUAUGAGAGAUGCAAUCGACGAGUUAGUCGAGACGUUCUUUAAGAUUUGCGACGAAGAAAAUAGGAAGAUAUUAGUUAACGUUCAAGACAAUUGGGGUCGUACACCUCUACACUAUUCUUUAAUGGAUGGCUGUAAAAAAAAAAUUGUAAAAACGCUGUUGAGAAGAGGUGCAGAUCCGAACUUAUCCGAUGCUGAUGCCGUGACUCCUCUGCACAUUAUUUGUAUGCGAGAUGAUAUCAAGGAUUUAGCCGAGACUUUCUUCAAAAUCUGCGAUGAACAAAAUCGGCAGGUGCGAAUAGAUCCCAAAGAUGACAUUCAACGGACACCACUACAUUACGUAUUGUAUAACAGCGAUAAAGAAAUGGCCGAGAUAUUGUUAAAAAGAGACGCUGAUCCGAAUUCGGCCGAUGAAGACGGGUUAACUCCUCUGCACUGGAUUUGUAAGAGACCUGACGACAAUGAUGACUUGGCGGAGAUGUUCUUUGAGGCCUGUGUUAAAAAAAAACGACGGGUGCGUGUCAACGCCCAGACCUCGUGGGGCGCUACACCACUGCACUUUGCAUUGCGAUUUUCAGAAACCGGCACCAAGAAGAUUCUGAAAUUGCUAUUUAAAAAUGGUGUUGUCCGAACAUUGCCGAUGAGGAUGGAUUAA